AUCCUCAAAGUGAUGACAAUGAGGAGUAUCCAGGUGAUAUAUCGCAUUUUGAUGCGUUUGAACUCUUAUCUGAGGAUGAUGUCAGAAAACUUGUUGUGGAUUCACACAAAAAAUCCUGUUACCUUGAUCCAGUGCCAACAGAUUUCCUGGUGAAAUGUCUGGAUGUGUUACUUCAUGCGGUUACAAAAAUAAUCAAUAUUUCACUUGAAACUGGGUACUUUCCUAGAGACUGGAAGGAAGCUAUCAUUCUUCCUAUAUUAAGAAAGUCUGGGUUGGAGUCCGCUUUUGGAAAUAUUCGUCCCAUCAGUACUUUAGCAUAUAUUUCAUAG